CACUCCAAUCAUUAUUCCUUAAUGGGACAACGAACACAUGCCUUGGUCCCGACAAGAUUCUUAGUUAUUAUGGCUCACCUCGUGCUGUGUGGGACCCUGUUGCUUGACAAAAAAUCGGACAUAAUUGAUCGCUCCUUACCCAAACGCUUCUCGGCGGAUGAUGCAAGAAGAGUCUAUCACCAGUGCUUAACAGCUUUUAUCCUGUCUGUCAUCUUUCUGCUGCUCGAAUUAUUCGGCUUCCUCAGCGGGGCCACUAUGUUCAUGGGAACCUAUAAUCUGGUUUCAGUUCUAUUUCACUUUUCGGGCGUUGUCGCAACAUCCUAUUUUAUCGUUGAACGCUGGAAUAUAUUUUCCUACUGGUACAUUUUUGUUGGGUCAAUUUGCAUUCCGUUCGUGCUAGAAAUUGUAAAUAUUACAGUGCGGAUAUGGUUCCGGCAUAGCCUUUGAAUAAAGAGCCUAUGCACAACAAGUAGUGUAACUUCCUUUCAUUCUGCUUAUAUUUUAAAUAACACUGUCCACGUCCAUACGAAAUUGUGUAACCCUUCACUGGCACUGAAUGAUUUUUGGUUAAGAAAAUUGCACUCUUGAUACACUC